AUGAAAGCCAUAGAAGGGAUUGAAAGUUACGGGUUUGGUGACGUGGCAAGGUUGAGUCUGGCCCCAGGAGUGACGAUUCCGCACAAGUUCAAGGUUCCGGAAUUCGAAAAGUACAAGGGUAACACAUGCCCUAAGAAUCAUUUGACCAUGUAUUGUCGAAAAAUGGCUGCCUAUGCUCAUGAUGAUAAAUUACUCAUUCAUCUCUUCCAAGAUAGUUUGGCUGAUGCGGCAUUAAGUUGGUACACGCAUCUGGAAUCCUCCCAUAUCCGCUCUUGGGCAGAUUUGGCGGAUGCCUUUGUAAGGCAGUACAAAUACAACAUGCAUGUCGCGCCAGACAGGCUACAAUUACACCACAUGUCAAAGAAAGAGGAAGAGUCUUUUAAGGAGUACGCGCAACGAUGGAGAGAGUUGGCAGCGCAAGUUGAGCCACCUCUAUAUGACAAGGAGAUGGUUGCAAUGUUUGUUAGCACACUACAACCACCUUUUUUUGAGCAUAUGAUCGGAAAUGUGUCUUCCAAUUUCGCUGAUAUCAUUAUCAUAGGUGAAAGGAUCGAGAUUGGACUGAAAAGUGGGAAAAUUACGUCUCAAGCCACCACUUCGAAGAAAUUUGUUUUUAACUCGGAAAAAGAAAAGGAAAUGGGAGUGCAUGCAACAUCAGCAAUACCCAUGUGGAGAGGUCAUGCGCCCACUCAUAACUAUCGACCAAUCCCGAAUUACCCUCCUUAUGUGAACAAUACAAUGUCUGGUUCCCAAACAAGCGACCGCCAGGGUAUUAUCAACCACAACAAGCCUCGAAUAAUGCUUGGGGCACUGGAGCCGGCUUGGGUCCUAAUCAGAACGUUGGUCAAAAUGCUCAUCCUAAGAGGAACCCAGAGAAAAAUUUCACUCUCAUUCCUAUGA